AUUUAUUUCAAUAUUAAUAGAUAAAUAUAUAUUAUAAAAAAAUUAAACUUAUAAAUAAUAAUUUAUUAAAUAAAGGUUUUAAAAACUUUUUAUUUUCAAAGCAAACAAGAAGAAACUUAACAAAAGAAAAAAAUAUUUUUAAUAGUAAUAAUAAUUCACAAAAAUUAAAUUUUACAACAAUUAUAAAUAAAAAAAUAAAAAAUAAUUUUUCAAAUUUACAAAAUAAUCUUCUAAUGUUAAACUAUUUUAAAACAUUUUCAAUUUGGAGAACUGCCCCAACCCAAAUUGAUAUAGAAAAUGCAGAAAAAAAAAUUUUUUCGAAUUUAAAAACAGAAUAUGAACAAAAAUUUAUUGAUAUUGGUAAUGGACAAGUAAUAAAUACUAUUAAAAUAGGGGAUAAAGGCGAACCAAUAGUUUUAGUACAUGGAUUUGGUGCUGGAAUAGGUCUAUGGUGUUGUAAUUUAGAUUUUCUAAGUAAAUACUAUACAGUAUAUGCCAUUGACCUUAUUGGAUUUGGACGUAGUUCAAGACCUGAUCCAGAACAAAUUAAAACACUUGACGAAGCUGAAAAUACAUGGACAGAGUCUAUAAAUGAAUGGUCUAAAAAAGUUGGAUUGGAUAAAUUUCAUUUAGUUGGUCAUUCUUUAGGUGGUUAUGUCAGUGCAUGUUAUGCAUUAAAAUACCCAAACAAAGUAAAUACACUUUUAUUAUGUGACCCAUGGGGAUUACCAGCCAGACCAAUAGAUUUCGAAGAAAAUUUAACAAUGCCAAAACGUUUAAUUUCAAAAUAUCUAUCAAUUGAUGCAUCUUUAUCCAUUGUUAGAAAAAUGGGUCCAAAAUUAGUAAGCAAAUUUAGAAGAGAUCUUUUAAUGAAAUUUCAACAUGUUUUCCCAAUUGAACCAACAGAUAAUACUGAAAAUAUUAUUUCCGAUUAUAUUUAUCACUCAAAUUCAUUAGAGCCUGCCAGUGGAGAACAUUUAUUCCGUAUGGUAAGUUUGCCAUUUGGUUAUGCUUCUUCUCCACUUUUCGAACGUAUGAAGCAAAUCGACUCAAAUGUAAACAUUUCAUUUAUUUAUGGUGAACACUCUUGGAUCGAUCCUACACCUGGUUUCCUUCUUCAAAAAGAAAUGAAAAAUAUAAAAAACAUUCACAUGUUAAGUAGAAGUGGCCAUCAUGUUUAUAUUGAUAACUUGGAUGAAUUCCAUAAUUCAAUUUUAAAUUCAAUACCAAUCUCUAAUGACUUAAAAGAUUUAUUUAAUAAUAAUAAUAAUAAUAAUAAUAUUUUAUUUUCAAAUACAGUAAAUAAUACAAUUUCAAAUUUAAAUUUAAAUACAACAACAAAAUCAAAUGAAACUAUUAUUACACAAUCUGCUUCCACCUAACUUUAAAUAAAAAUUGUAAACUAUUAAAAU